UGGAGACACAAUUAACCCAAUUAAGUGGGAUCAGCAAAUGACACCAACCAAAGUUACACUAGUUGCAGAACCAAAAAAAAAUUAUGAAAUCAAAGACCUUAACCCUUUCAGAUACAAGAAAAUAGACUUCCUGGUUACCGUGACAAUAAGGAAAUUUGACAGUUCAUGGUGGUAUAAUGCAUGUGAGAAAUGUGUAAGAACAACUAAACCCUAUGGUGACUUAUACAAAUGCACAGAGCCAACCUGCGGUUACAUUGGCAAACCGACACAAAGGUACAAGCUCAGUAUCAUUGCUGGAGAUGAGACGGGUGACACUAAUUUUAUCAUGUUUGGAAGAUCACUCCAACGAAGGAAACAGAGGUUGUUUUUGUAUCAAACGAGCAAGGUACAAGGUCUAUCUAUGCUUCAGAUAAACUUAAUCAAAUUUCACCAACAAUGUCACCAGAUACAUCACACAACAAUGAUGACUCUAUUCUGGCAAAGUCUACUGCUGAUCCUAGAGAAUUUAAAGAUGAAGCUGCAAAUUCGGCAACCAAAGUAGAAAAGACUAUCACAAGAAAAAGGUCC